AUGAGCAGGCUGGCUGUCAAGGUGGAGUCUACAACGCCUCCGCCAGCACCCGCACCGGCAACCACUCCAGCGCCCAUGCCUUCCAUGGAGCCGCACCACCCGGUGGAUGUGCCCUCGGCUCCCCCUGCGUCGCCGACCAUCCAUGGCGCCUUCUCGACGCCUCCUGCCGUCCGCGUGCCAACUGGGGUUGCCCUUCCUCCUCCUGCAAUUGCCCCUGACUCUGCCACUGAUGCCAUCAUCAAGCAUAGCAAGAUGACAUCCGAGUUGAAUGGCAUGCUGAGUGAGUAUGAAAAAGGCAUGCAUUUCCCAUCUUGGCGCUCAUCUGUUGAGUUCUGUGUCGACAUGUUCAAGGGCCGCAUUCCCCAAGCUCAGCUUGUGCAUUAUGUGCGCAAAAAGCUGGGACCCAAGGCCAGAACUUACACGCAGACAAACCCCUUUGUGACUGAGGCCGAGACGCUCCCUGAAUUGUUGCACGUGCUUGAGCAGGAAUUCCGCCCCAGGAAGAUGGAGCGUGCCGAGGCUACUGCCAACCUGCGCCAAAGCGAGGGCCAGAAGGCCAAGGAGAGUGUCGACAAGGUAAAGGCCAGCUUCACACAGUACAACUGUGCAUUCCCCCAGACAGAGCAUGACCUUCACACUCUGAUUCUGCGGCAUUUCAAUGCACGUGCGCGCAGAUUUAUGUCUGACCGGCUGAGGCUCAUGGCUGUCCAGCAGCACACGCUUUCCAUGUCAGAUCUUGAGGAAGUUGCCCGCGAGUUUGACGCUGACCAGGAGGCCAUGAAGGCCUCCCCUUCACAGCCUGUCGCAGGUGCACACCGCCACGACCACUACACGCGCUCCCGUGCGCGCCAGGAGAGGUCCCCCGCUGCCAUGGAGUGGCAAGACAAUCUGCGCCGCAAUGACCCGGAGUCCUACGACAUCCUCAACACAAGCCUUGACGACGCCAACCACCGCCAGCGCGGUGAGAGACCUCCGAGCCAAUAUGCUGAUCACUCAUUCAUGCCACAGCACUCAAUGCACCCUGACAGAUCUCGUGGCGCCGGCCGCGGUGGCGGUGGCCGCCAGAUGGGCGGCGGCCGCGGCCAGCGGCCGUCCUUCCAGGAGGGACGCCCCACAGGACAAGGACCCCCAGGAUCUUAUCCUCAGGCCACUGCAGUUUCUCUGUCUGGCAAUGUCAGGUCCAAUUCACCUCAGCUGCCUAGGUCUGCUAACGAUGUGCACGUAGCAAAUUUGCGAGGGCGGCCGCGCAAGGCUGAGCCAGAAUUGCGCACCUCCCCGCCUGCAGACAAGUCACGGGUGCCUGCUCAGAAUUCCAACCCCUUAAUACUGGACAGGUACAGAGCGCGCACGGGGCUGUCGCACUUGAAGACUGGCAGAGACGCAGUCGCCUCAUCCCCUGUCAAUCUCUCCAUGAAGUCCCUUGCUCAGAUGGUCACUGACAAGCGCUGCCAGAAAGCUCAGAAAGCUCUGCAGGAGGUGGCUAGUUGGCUGGAGGAAUCGGACCCUGACUCUCCUGCGCAGGUGUCUGCCAGCGCGCCCACCUACAGCGAGGUUGUGCAGAAUUCAUCACAGAGCCCUAUCUUUGCCUCACCGCAAGCACCCAGUGUUGUUGUGCCGCAGGGUGCCCAAGUGAACUCUGCCCAGAUGGGGCAGGCGGUGAUGGCUGUCUACAAUGUGAGCAUGCCCCAUGUGCAGGCCAACAUUGUUGCUGACAAGUCUGACGAUCCUGUCCUGUUGCAUCUAGAUUCAGGGGCCUCAAUGGGCUGCAUCUCGCAGAAAGCCUGGGAGAGGGAUCAGGCCAAGCUCAAAGCCUCUGGCGCCACGCGCGUCAAGCUGCAGCCUCUCAAACUGUGCAUGUACAACAAUGUGAGCUCAAUUGUGACUGAGUACGUGGUCGGCGCAAACGUGCAGGUCGGGCGCGCAACAUAUACUAUUGAUCUCCUGGUUGUGCCAGACGCCACGUAUGACUAUCUGCUUGGACCUGACUUCCUGGCCAGGUAUGCCGUGUCGCUGCACUUCCACGAGCACCAUGUGCGGCUUGGCUGCUCCAGGGAGGAUGCAUCCGGCAGGAAGAAGGGCGCUGGCUACCAGCGGGUGCCACUCUUCUACACCGGCAGCAACCUGUACCUGAGGGUCCAAGGGCCGCGCAACUACCACAACAAUGAUGGGUGA